GCCCUUCUGGCUCAACCCGCGACAGGUGCAGGUAGUACCUGUGGGCAAAGGCUUCAACGAGUACGGUGAGAAGGUGCGCGCCGCCCUACACAAGGCUGGUUUCCAUGCAGACUGUGACGAUGGACCCAAUACACUGCCCAAGAAGGUCCGCAACGCCCAGAUCGCUCAGUAUAAUUUCAUCCUAG